AUGACCGCAGCACGCCUCCGGACGCUGAAAAGCAACUUGGAGGAGACCGUUUCAACGCACGGCGGCGGCCGCCACGACGGCUCGCGGGGAAUAUCAAAAGAAGACGGCGGCCGCCGCAGUAGCCUCCACGUGGGGAGGACAAACGACCUGCACGGCCAUUGCUGUGGCGAGUCAAGAGACAGUGUUAGCAGCGACCGGCAAAGAAUCAGUAAAGACGGCAACCACCGCUGCAGGGCCUGCACGAGAAAAGCAAGUGAAGACCUGGGCCACUGCCGUAGUGUCUCUCGGGAGAGAAUUGGGAGAGGUAGUGGCCACCGCCACAGCAGCUCUUGGGAGAGAGGAAGAGAAGAUCCCGGCUUCCGCAGCAGCGACGUGAAUUUAAGAGUAAGUGAAGUCGGCAGCUAUCAAACUAGCGACUCUUUGGGAACAGUCAGAGAAGACCGCGGCCACAACCUCAGCGGUACUUGGAAGGAAGUCAUUGAAGUCCAGAGCCCCCGAACCAGCGACUCCGGGGAGUCAGUCAGCGACGACCGCAGCCGCCACCUCAGUGGUUCUUGGGAGGGAGGGAGUGUUGAUGCCGGCCACAGCCUCGGUAGCUCUUGGGAGGGAGUAAGUGAAGACCGCAGCUACGCGGCCAGCGACUCAGUGGUGACCGUCGGCGAAGAGUCCGGUCCCCGCUUCAGUGGUUUCUGGGAGAGAGAAAGUGAAGACGAAAGUUCCCACCACAGGGGCUCCUGGCAGAGAGCUAGAGAGGACCGCGGCCCCGGUGCAAGCAACGACGACCGAGAUGGCCGCUGCCACUGCAGUGGCUCGUGGGUAAGAGCAAGUGAAGACCGCUGCCGCAGCAGGGGCCUAGAUUCAACUCCUCCCCAGAGUCCAGGGGGUUGCACCAUGCCCGGGGUGUCCGAUUCAGGCCCCUCCACCUCCUCUCCGAUGACUGCAAACCCAGGUGUCAGGAAGAAGGCGCAUUUUGGUAGCAUACAUGAUGCAGUACGAACUGGAGAUGUACAGCAGCUUUCAGAAAUAGUGGAACAUGGAGCCAGUAUUAAUGAAGUUGAUGCCAUCCAUAAAUUUACCCCUUUACAUUGGGCAGCACAUUCUGGAAGCUUGGAGUGUCUUCAUUGGCUGCUCUGGCGUGAAGCUGAUAUCACACAAGUAACUAUGAGAGGCUGGACAGCAGCUCACAUAGCUGCAAUCAGGGGUCAGGAUGCUUGUAUGCAGGCUCUUAUAAUCAAUGGAGCAAAUCUGUCAGCUCAGGAUGAUCGUGGAUGCAAUCCUUUACAUCUUGCUGCGACCCAUGGACAUUCUUUCACUUUACAGAUAAUGCUCCGAAGUGGUGUGGAUCCCAGUGUGACUGAUAAGAGAGAAUGGACACCUGUACAUUAUGCGUCUUUUCACGGGAGGCUUGGCUGUUUGCAACUUCUUGUUAAAUGGGGAUGUGGCAUAGAAGAUGUGGACUGCAAUGGAAACCUUCCAGUUCAUUUAGCAGCCAUGGAAGGCCACCUUCACUGUUUUAAAUUCCUACUCAGUAGAAUGAGCAGUGUAACACAAGCAUUAAAAGCCUUCAAUGAUAAUGGAGAAAAUGUACUGGACCUGGCACAGAGGUUCUUUAAACAGAGCAUCUUACAGUUUAUCCAGGGGGCUGAAUAUGAAGGAAAUGAUCCAGAAGAUCAGGAAACUUUAGCAUUUCCAGGUCAUGUGGCUGCCUUUAAGGGUGAUUUGGAAAUACUGAAGAAAUUAAUAGAAGAUGGAGUAAUCAAUAUUAAUGAACGUGACAAUAAUGGAUCUACUCCUAUGCAUAAAGCUGCUGGACAAGGACAUAUAGAGUGUUUGCAGUGGUUAAUUAAAAUGGGAGCAGACAGUAAUAUUACCGACAAAGUGGGAGAGAAACCCAGUGAUGUGGCUAAGAGGUUUGCCCAUUUGGCAGCAGUAAAGCUACUAGAGGGACUACAGAAAUACGAUAUAGAUGAUGAGAGUGACAUCGAUGAAAAUAAUAUGAAGUUUUUUAUAAGACAUGGUGUUGAGGGAAGCACUGAUGCCGAGGAUGAUUUAUGUCAGAGUGAGUCAGAUAAAGCAGAUGCCCGAAUGAGAGCUUAUAAGAAAAUUGUAGAAUUGAGACACCUCCUGGAAAUUGCCGAGAGCAACUAUAAACACUUGGGAGGAAUAACAGAAGAAGAUCUAAAGCAGAGGAAAGAACAGCUCGAGUCUGAAAAGACCAUCAAAGAGCUGCAGGACCAGCUGGACUAUGAACGACUUCGUAGAGAAAAAUUAGAAUGUCAGCUGGAUGAGUAUCGAGUGGAGGUAGAUCAACUCAGGGAGACUCUGGAGAAAAAUCAGGUCCCCAACUUCGUGGCUGCGGAUGAUGACUCUUCUUGUGAAUCAAGCAAAGAGAAGGGGAGUGUGAAGAAAAAGGUGUCUUCUAGGGGAGUGUUUGUGAGAAGUGAGUCAUUGGACCUUGUGAAUGAGGGCAACACCAGGGAUGGUAGCACAAUAUGAUAAAAAGGAGCUUGGGUCCUGACACCAUGGAGCUGACAUACUAGCCCUGGAAUGCUUACGAUUGGACUGUAGGUAAGAGAGAAAUAAACCUCUGUCUUAUUUAAGCCACUAUUAUUCUGGGUCUUGUUAAAGCAGCUAAAUUUAAAUCCUAAUACAAUCCCCAAAUUAUGUGUAAAAUUUAUAAAUCUCAUACAUGUAUUACUGUCAUGUUGGUGAAACAAAAAUACAAAUGAAAAAGAUGUAAAGAGAUAGAAUUCUAGUAUUUUGUUUCCAUGCCUAAGUAGCAGAAUGUCUGUCUACCUCCUGAGAUGGAGUACCUCAACUUGGAGACUACUAGUAUAUGUAGUAAGAACAUGAGAUUUGGAAUUAAAGUGUGUGACUUAUUUGUUGUAUGACCUCUAUCAAGCUGGUUAACUUCACUAAGCUCGUUUCUUUAGCUGUGAAAUGAGGAUAAAACUAUCUACCUAAGAGGACUGCUGUGAGAAAAAGGUAAGUUAAUAUGUAUUAUUUGGCAUAUUUGCUGUUAUGCAGUCAGUGGUACCCAGUAUUCCACAAAAUGGCAAUCACUAGUUUCAGUGUUGGUGACCAUAACCUUUUCCAUUGUGAUUUUUUUUUUUAUAUUAAAUUAUUCUUUAAAACUGAAAGUGUUACACAUCUAAAUUCUUCAAUUUUGACAAAAAGGCAUCAUAAGCUUUGAAUUGCUUUUCAGAUAUGGUGAAGGGUUUUUACUGAGUCUUGCCUCAUCCACUUUGUCAUCAAACAGUAUGAAAGGGCAGGUUAGGAUCUAGUCUAUGGCCACAGAACAAGGUGAAGGUAGCUAAUCCUCUUGGAGGCUUUUCACCACCCACAGAAAAUGCCAGAAAGGUUUGUGUUCUCAGAAACUCAGUUUAAAUGAAAAUGUUCUCAGUGUACCCAUAAUCAAAUAUUUAAAAUACUAAAAAGGGUGGGUUAAGGCAAUCAAGAUUUAUUUGUAUCAUUUAUUCUACGAGCAUUUAACAAGUACCUUAUAUGAGUUAGCCCUGUGCCUAGAGGUUCAGAAAUGAGUAAGAUAUACCCUUCUGAGAGCUUAUAGUUUAGGACAGGAAAGAGACAUAUACAAUAGCUGUUUUAUAGUAAGGUGCAGGUGCUGGAAUAGAGAUGUAGUUUUGAGGUACACAGGGGCACAAUCCUCUCAUCCUCCUUCAUUUUGGAUAUUUCCAUCCCCUUAACAAAAAUCUAUCUGAACUAGAAAAGUACCAUCAAAAUGAAGUCUCAGUGGAAAAGAUACAGGAUCUAGAAGUAAUGAGGAUAAGGUAUGCUGUGUAUGAUACUUCUGUUGUUGUCCGGUGCCGUCGAGUUGGUUCGACUCAU